CUUUGUAUGAUCCAUGAACACUUCCAACAAAUUUCCCUCAAUUUCACCUGAAAUUUUUCGCAGAAGAUCGGCUCCUAGUCAAUCCAGCUGGAAUUCAGAUAACGAAACGAGCGGCAAAAGAAAGCAAGAGAUAAACGUCUCAUACGCCAUGACGGUAGCGGCAGCGAUCCGACCUCACCGGAUACAGGCGAACGUUGUGGAUAAUGCAAUACAUAUGAGAAGGAAGUCCUUCGCCUUCGAGCUUCCGGUCAUGACGGCGUUGUCGCCUUCCUCCGGUGGAAGACGCUUUAUCAUUGCCGCUUCCAAAUCCUCAAGCGAAGAAGCAAAUUCAGGUCCAGAUGGUCCUGAUCUUCCGUUCACGUCUCAGGUAGAUCUGAAGUUCUUGUUAAAGCUCGGAGCUGGAUCGUUCAUGGCCGCAGCUGCAAUAAAAUACGGCAGCAUCCUUGUACCGGAGAUAACACAGCCAAACAUCACACAAGCUCUGAUUAUGAUCUCUACUCCUGUUUUAGUAUCUCUUUUGAUUUUGAUCAAAGAAAGUCGUGUCGAGCAAUAACACAGAUUUGUCAAUUUCAAUUUCAAUAACAUCCAAGUUCCAAAGCAAAUUCAUCAAAUGGCCAUUCAGGUAAAUCACCAGAUCUCAUUUGACCUGUAAUCACUGGUGCAAAAUUCUUACCAUCUCUUUUGAUUUUGAUCAAAGUAAGUCGUGUUGAGCAAUAACACAGAUUUGUUCUUCCAAA